AUCACAGCAAAUCAAAAUUUGAUAUGGACUUCUAUCCAAGAUUACCGUAUGGUAGCUACAAAAAGUUGUAUGGACAGUUCUACAAUCCACCGUAUCACACAUACCCUUGCAGCCAGGGUGUUAGAGGAUAUGAAAAACCACCUGUACCCUUGUACCCAGUAACGCCUAUCUACCCGAUGAAGGAGAAGAGGUUGGUGAUCAAGGAGGCAAAGAAGAUAUAUCACUUUACAACCGGUGAUGUAGACGCAGUAUUGUAUGGUUACUUGAGAGACGAGAGUAAUGUCAUCCCACAGUUACAUUCGCUAUCUGGUGUGCGUUUUGAAAACCAUAAUCCUUCGGAUACUCUGCAGCCAAUUACAAAAGGCAAACUAUGCACAACCCGUAUUCCUCACCCGGAAUUACCAAAUUCAUAUACCAUACCUCUCAUUUUAGAUCAAAAUUCAAAACAUUUUUCCCUUUUUUUAGGCGUGUUCACCAAUGAAGUUAUUUCUAAAGGAACAAGAUUCGGACCAUACGCAGGUUCUAUAGUCAACCCACAUGAUAUCGAGAACGCCAAGAUGGGUCAUCCUCAGAGUUGGGAGGUAUUUAAUGGUGGCAAGCUGAGUCAUUUUAUUAACGGAUCCAGUAAUCCUCACAACUGGAUGAAAUUAGUGAACAACGCCAGAUACAGCAGUGAACAGAAUCUCGCCCUGGUGCAAAACCGGUUAGACUUAUAUUAUGAAGUGAUAGAAGAUAUAAAACCGGGUCAAGAAUUGCUAGUGUGGUAUGGUGAUGAAUAUGUCAAGUAUAUGGAGCUACCAAUGUCUCUCAACGAACGUGGUACAGCCCCCUUAACACCCAGUCCACCUACGCAACCGGCUGCAGUGGGCAGUUUUCCGUGUAAAAGAUGUGGAAAGAUAUUCUCCUACGAAUACUAUCGCGAGAAGCAUUUAAAAUACACCCGAUGUGUCGACAUGGGCGACAGAAAAUACCCAUGCCAUCUUUGUCAGCGUUCAUUUGAGAAGAAGGAUCGCCUUCGUAUACAUAUUUUGCACGUACAUCAAAAAUACCGACCGCAUGUUUGCAAAAUAUGUGGUAAAAGAUUCUCCCAGUCGAGCAGUUUAAAUAAACAUUCGCGUGUUCAUACUGGAGAACGACCAUACUCGUGCCCACAUUGUCCGAAAUCCUUCACAGCUUCGUCCAUUUUGCGGACACAUCUUCGCCAACACAACGGAGAACGCCCUUUCAAAUGUAAAUUUUGUGGUAAAGCAUUUGCGUCACAUGCUGCACAUGACAGUCACGUGAGACGUACUCAUGAUAAACUGAAAAUCUGCUCAUGCAGAAUUUGCGGGAAAACAUUCUCCAUGGAAUUCGAACUAAAGUUUCAUUUAAGCACGCACACCACCGCAGAGAUUGCAAAUCUUGAAGACGACAGCAAUAACAACACGCCUUAUUUGGAUGGGAACAAUAAGAAGAGAACUUUAUCAGAAAAAAGCGACAGUUCGCUUAUUAUAGAUGUUUAAAAUAAAUGCUGCCUGUUGCAAAUUUUUUUGGAUUGUUUAUUUUUUGUUGGUUUGUGUAUUUAUUAAAUUAUGCAUUGAUUUAUUUAUUAAUUAUUUAAUUUAUUUACUGGUUAAUGGAAAUGAUUGUUAUUAUUGAGAUAAAGUAUUCUUAACUCAUGUCCUGCUAUAUUUUAUGUUGUUCGUAAAAAAGCGGUGAC